AUGGCAGCAGUGGCGGCAGCGGUGGCAGGGUUCCAAGCGGAAGCCAAGUGCCCCAUCUGUCUGGACUACCUGAGGGACCCGGUCACCAUCGAGUGCGGGCACAACUUCUGCCGCUCCUGCGUCCAGCAGUCCUGGGCAGACCUGCAGGACAGUUUCCCGUGUCCCGUCUGCCGCUACCGCUGCGAGGAGGGGCACUUCCGCAGCAACACCCAGCUGGGCAGGAUGGUGGAAAUCGCCAGGCUGCUGCACAGCCCCAGAGGCAAUAAAAAGGGGCAGGAAGAGACGUCCUUGUGCGACAAGCACAGCCAGGUCCUGAGAGCUUUCUGUGAGGAGGACCUGGAGAUGCUGUGUCCCCUGUGCACUCAGGCCCCGGAGCACCGCGGCCACCACGUGAGGCCCGUAGAGGAGGCUGCCUCUCAUCACAGGAAGAGGCUCCGCGGUUACAUGGAGGCCCUGAAGAGGCGAUUGGCAGACCUUCAAAAAUUAAUAAGCAUUCAAAGGAAAAAACCCUUGGAACUGAGAGAGAGGGUGGAAAACCAGAGGCAAGAAUUAUCCUCUGAAUUUGAGCACCUGAACCAGUUUUUAGACCGUGAGGAAGAUGCAAUGCUCUCCAGGUUAGACGAAGAAGAGAAGGACAUUGAACAGAAACUCAGUGCCAACAUAACAGCAUUUUCAAACUACCUUUCCACACUCAAAAGUCAAUUAAGUAAGGUCGUAGAGCUCAGCGGGCUGUCUGAAGUGGAAAUGCUAUCACAAAUUAAAGUUUUCUACAGGUCUGAAAAUGAGGCUAGCCCAUCAGUCUUCUCGAUUCAUUUGAGGAGAGAAGGCUGCAGUUUUCCUCCCCAGUAUUCGGCCCUUGAGAGAAUCAUAAGGAGAUUCAAAGUAGAUGUGAUGCUAGACCCCGAAACGGCACACCCGAACCUGAUGGUCUCUGAGGAUAAGAAAUGCGUGAGAUUUACAAAGAGAAAACAAAAGGUUCGUGCUCUUCCAAGAAGAUUUACAGGCAGACCGGUUGUCCUCGGUUUUCCGUAUUUUCACUCUGGCAGGCACUUCUGGGAAGUGGAAGUGGGAGACAAGUCUGAAUGGGCCGUUGGCGUGUGCAAGGACUCUCUUCCCACGAAGGCCAGGAGGCCACCAUCGCCCUGGCAGGGGUGCUGGGCGGUCCGGCUGCAGGACAGUGGCUACGACGCCCCCGGAGCUGUUCCAGCCCCUCUUCUAGACGUGAAGGACAGAGUCAUUGGCGUUUUCCUGGACUACGAGCUGGGUGAGAUCUCGUUCUAUGACAUGGCCGAGAAAUCUCGCAUCUGUACUUUCAGUGACACCUUCAGUGGACCUCUUCGGCCUUAUUUCCGGGUAGGACCUGAUUCAAAGCCUCUCAGGGUUUGUACAGGAGCAGAUUGUGAAUGA